AGCGGCGCUCUGGCGCCGCCAAGCUCUAUGGUCGGCCGUUAGCGCAGCGUUUCCGGCGGGCGCGGGGGGUUGUGGGCGAUCGUCGCGCGCCUCUUCGCCACCGCCGCCGUGCUGAGGAGCGGGAGCCGUGAUGUCUCACACAAUUCUACUUGUCCAGCCUACCAAGAGGCCAGAAGGCAGAACAUACGCUGAUUAUGAAUCGGUGAAUGAGUGCAUGGAAGGAGUCUGUAAAAUGUAUGAAGAGCAUCUGAAGAGAAUGAAUCCCAACAGUCCAUCCAUUACAUAUGAUAUCAGCCAAUUGUUUGACUUCAUUGAUGACUUGGCAGACCUCAGCUGUCUUGUUUACCGUGCUGAUACUCAGACAUACCAACCGUACAAUAAAGACUGGAUAAAGGAGAAGAUCUAUGUCCUCCUCCGCAGGCAGGCCCAGCAAGCAAGCAAAUAAUGGGGGCACCAUCAUUACAUGGGUUUGGGGGAGGGCUUGGACAACAGGUGUGUACAGAGUGUAGUAGUGAACGUUUUGUAUUAUAGUCAUCCUGUUGCCAUCUUGUUAAACUCUUUAGCCAGGACUGAAUGUAUUGUUAGAGAUGCAAGGAUUUUGUUGGAUUUGACUUUUUUUUCAGUGUAAAUGGAGAAGAAAGUGCAACAUCUUCAACAGAGUUUUAAUUUGUUUUUUUUCCUCUGGUUAGCUAAUGGUCCUACCUUAUUUGAACCCCUGGGGCUGUUCACAUUGUACUUCGCCACAUUCACUGUAUGUGCCCUCCUGUGGGGUUUCCAACAUUUAGUUAUGUCCUUGAGACAGUCUUAAUGGGGAAUAAAAAACUACCCUUUAGUUAAA